AUGGGUGAUCUUUUCCACCAGCUCGAGGUCAGCCGCCAAACCCCGCCGACGACGAGUCCGCUGACGCCCACUAGGNCAGAAUACUGUCCGCCAAUUGAUUCCGCUCUUUUCUCUGCCAUUGUCUCCGACUAUGACUUGACCAACUCAGAUGCCGCUACCGAGCUCAGGGCUACACUGGACGCCCUCAAAGCUACCGCUAUCGAAGAAGAGGCUACUGGCUUCGAUGCUUCUGGAAGCGGCGCCCAACGUGAAGACUACAGCCCAGGACAUCCAGCCUCGGUGCCAGAAUCUGCUUCCGUGUCACGAGAAACCGAUGUGACUAGCCUGUCUAACGGCCUGUCAAGCGUCGAUCUGGACUCUGAAGGCUCUCCGGAUCGUGCUGAAUACGACUUCGAGGCUUGCGACCAAGAUACCAAGGUUUCUAUUCUCAAGGACAUAUUUCCUUCGCUCUCCGAGUACACAAUUUCGCACACGCUCGCCCAUCACGAAUCAAAAUGGAAGCCCGCAUUCGAUGAUCUAUUGAACCAAGUUUAUUUCGAGGAAGGCGGCACUAUUGAUGGAAAGGACAAGGUCUCGGCUAAGGGCAUCGACGCCUUCAGUGAAGAAAACGUAGUCAAAAGAGGUCGAAAAGGAAAGAAACGCGGCAAGAACAUCAAAGUCAUCGAUGCCACGCGGUCUUCUUCGCUACCCACCGAAUCGCGACCAUCGACCAACCAGUGGCAGACUGCCAAAAGUGAUGUUGAUUUCAUAUCGGAUCGCGCAAACAUUCCUUCUCAGGUCGUGCUAUCUUUAUACAACCAAGAAAACCGUUCCGUCUCACGAACCAUCUCGGCUAUCCUCAAGACUUUUUUGCCUGAGGACACUCGAUCUGAAGAACCCGAAGUCCAAGUGGAAGCUGCUUCUCUGGGUCAGGAAUAUCCUGGACUUGCUCCCACCUAUCUGGUGGCCCUUAUCAAACUGACACAGCCAUCCAUUACAGCAGCCCACGAAUUGGCCAAAGCCCUGACAACAAAGCCGCUCACUCAUGAAACCGGUAGCCGAGUCAUCAUACCACAAUAUGCACCCGUGCGCAUUUCUGACGGCGACGACUUCUCCAACCAAAGCGGUUUCGACACAGACACGUCAACCGUAGAUUUCGGAUCUGCCUCUGCCUCAACAACAAAGCUCAGGGCGGCAAGGCAAGCUGCAAUGGAACAGGCGCGCGCAGCUUAUCGCAAGUCGCGAUCCGAUCGCCUUAUGGGCGGCGCUGCCGGAUAUUAUUCGCAGGUCGGUCGCGACCACGGUGCUGCGCUGCAUCAAUCACAAGCUGCUGAGGCAAACGCUAUCGUCGCCGCCCAGUCUUCGGCUUUCGAGAUUGACUUGCACGGUGUGACUGUGGAGAAUGCUGUACGCAUAGCUCGACAGAGAACGAGUGCUUGGUGGAACGGACUAGGCGAGAACAAGGUGAAUGGUCGAGUAGGCGCUACUGAGCGUGCCAGCGGGUUCCGCAUCAUAACGGGUGUUGGCAGACAUAGUGCUGGUGGCAAGGGUGUCCUCGGUCCAGCAGUCAGGAAAGGUCUCGAGCAAGAUGGUUGGAGACUGGAAGUUAACAGCGGUGCAAUCACCGUCAGAGGCAAAAGCAGGGCAUUUUAA